AUGAGUAACUCCAGACGCUCGACACACAAUCAAGCAUCGUUCCGGGAAGCUCUUGUUGGUCGAGAUUACUCGUGUAUCCUUUCGGACACCAAGUUCACCGGAUGCACAGCAAGCCACAUUCUUCCACAAAGUCGUCCCGAAUACUAUGAAGAAGUGCUAGGGUACGACCCUCGCUACUACUUCCACGUAUCCUACGGGCUGCUUCUUGAGGACAAGAUUCACCACGCCUUUGAUCGAGGCGAAUGGGCAUUGUAUCCUAUAGUAUUCGGCGACAACACCAACAAGAAGGAGUUCGAGAACAAGAAGCAGUCAAAGAAGCGAUUGAUGGAGUAA